UGAUGAGAUCGACCAGCCGGGGAAAGCGAGGUUGGAAACAGGGCGGUCCCUGGCUAGGCUGCGGUGGCCCGACCAGGCCUUGUGGCUGUGCACGUGCAUGAAUAGUUUGCAAUGAUGGAAACAUGGCCUGCCCGGCCUGCACGGCCUCAUCCCCUCACGCCUCGUCGGGCUGCCCGAUCACGUGGGCGCACUGAGCCUUGUUUGGGUGCACUUGGCUAUUCCCGAGGCUCCAAAAGUACCGGCGUACUUUUGCACUGCUUCGCCACCUUUGGUGCUGUCGAUCACGAGAGAUCCUCAUCGCUUCUGACAACUUUCGCCAAGAGCAAGAAUCAAAAGUUGGGUAUCAAGGAUGACGAUACACAGCACGCAAGAUGCGGGACCGCUGCAACAUCUAGUUGGGAGGUCUUGUUAUUGUCAUUCAUUGUGCGCAUGCAUGCCUGUUGUGCACAUCUCCGAGCGGCUAAUCACCCACCACCCCCCCAGUAUGGUACUCUCUACCAGGCUUUUGCCGGCCUUGGAUACUGCAACCGGCGCCCCUUGGUUUCGUGACUGCAACAAUGACGUUGUUUGACCAACUGUUUCUCGGCUACGAUGAAUCGGCGCUCGGUGUGCUUGCCUCAAGUCGACACUGAAAUGCCCAUAUGGUUCGUCGCCGGGCGUGGCCUUUUCCAGAACCAAGAUAUGUUUAGAUCUUGGAAGUCAAGCGAGGUAUCAUGUCCUGGGCAAAUGCAGUUGCUGGUGGGUUUCGGGCUUGGCGCCGUGGUCGUCAUGUUUCAUCU